GGGGCGGCUCAUCCACGCGCAGUGGGACUCAGGCUGCUGCCGCCGCUUGUCUCUUCCUGGCAGUCCAAGAGAACAAACUGUUUUGGAGACCCCUGAAGCAAGAAGUUUAAGGCAUUGGUGACACGAUGCCUUCAGUUCCUCCAGAAGCAGAGAUGGACAAUGGUUCCUGCCCUCACUUCUCUGCUAAAUGUGUGCUGAAUGGAGGCCUGGAGAAGGAGCCUGGUAACAUCAGUGAGGAGAGAAAGUGGAUCCGACCUGACACCCCUAGCAAAUGUACCUGGGAGCCGGGGAAACUCCCCUCUGAAUCCCCUCAUUAUCACCCCACUUCGUCAAAGUCUCCAAACAUCCUGCCAAACAUUCUGAAGAAAAUCGGUGAUACUCCUCUGGUACAAAUCAACAAGAUCGGAAAGUUCUUUGGACUCAAGUGUGAACUCUUGGCAAAGUGUGAGUACUUUAAUGCUGGGGGGAGUGUGAAGGAUCGAAUUAGCCUGAGGAUGGUGGAGGAUGCAGAAAGAGCUGGGAUUUUGAAACAUGGGGACACGAUCAUUGAGCCAACAUCAGGAAACACAGGAAUUGGGCUGGCCCUGGCUGCUGCAGUGAAAGGCUACCGCUGCAUCAUUGUGAUGCCAGAGAAAAUGAGCAUGGAGAAGGUGGAUAUUCUGAGAGCUCUUGGUGCUGAGAUUGUGAGGACCCCAACUACUGCCAGAUUUGACUCGCCUGAAUCUCAUGUGGGAGUAGCAUGGCAACUGAAAAAUGAAAUCCCCAAUUCCCAUAUCCUAGACCAGUACCGCAACGCCAGUAACCCCUUGGCACACUAUGACACUACAGCAGAGGAGAUCCUGCAGCAGUGUGAAGGAAAAAUAGACAUGCUGGUGGCUGGAGCUGGUACAGGAGGCACCAUUACUGGCAUUGCAAGAAAGCUGAAAGAGAAAUGCCCAGAUUGCAAAAUUAUUGGCGUCGAUCCCCAGGGCUCCAUUCUUGCUCAGCCUGAAGAACUGAAUAAGACUGACAAGACAACAUAUGAGGUGGAGGGGAUUGGAUAUGAUUUUGUCCCUACAGUGCUGGACAGAUCGGUGGUGGACAAGUGGUACAAGAGCAAUGAUGAGGAGUCUUUUUCUUUGGCACGCAUGUUAAUCAGAGAGGAAGGAUUAUUGUGCGGUGGCAGCUCUGGCAGUGCAAUGUCCAUUGCUGUGAAGGCUGCCAAGGAUUUGACAGAAGAUCAGCGCUGUGUUGUCAUCUUGCCCGACUCCGUCAGGAACUACAUGUCCAAGUUUUUGAAUGACAAAUGGAUGACCCAGAAAGGGUUCACGAAAGAAGAAGAUGACCUCGUUAAGAAACCUUGGUGGUGGCACCUCAAAGUUCAGGAAUUAAGUCUCUCUGCUCCCCUGACAGUGCUUCCAGGUGUCACCUGUGAAAAGACCAUUGAAAUCCUCCGAGAGAAGGGAUUUGACCAGGCACCAGUUGUUGAUGAUUGUGGUGUGAUUUUGGGAAUGGUUACCCUUGGGAACAUGCUUUCAUCAUUACUUGCUGGGAAAGUUCAGCCAUCAGAUCAUGUCAGCAAAGUAAUCUACAAGCAAUUCAGACAGAUUCAUCUGAAAGACAGCUUGGGGAAACUUUCUCAUAUCCUGGAAAUAGACCACUUUGCUCUAGUUGUACAUGAACAGAUUCAGUAUCACAGUGACGGCUCCUCCAGUAAGAGACAGAUGGUGUUUGGCGUUGUUACAGCCAUUGACUUGCUUAACUUUGUGACUGCACGGGAGUGGGAAAGAAGGGCCACCUAAGUUCAAGGACCACUCAAGUUCAAGGACCACUCUGCAACAUCUUCCGUGGCAUUUUGCAGUCUCUAGAAAGAAUCAGGUCUCUCUCUCUCUCUCUCUCUCUCUCCCUUUGCUAGAAUGUUCUGUCUCCUGUUUUGUUUUCAACAUUCUAAAAAUAAACACAGUUGGGAUCAUCCUGACUGCUGUGAUGUAACAGCACAUCUAAACGUUGCAGAGCUUUUCGGGAUCGUUAGCUCUCAAUCUCCUGUAAUUGGUUGAUCUGCAUAGAAUUUAUAUAAAAAACAAA